AUGGCAAAAGAAGAGUACCAUAAUGUAUUUGAACGAGACGAGAAUGGGAUUAGAAAACUUGACUUAGAAUAUGGUGACUUUCCUGAUGAUGGGUAUGAUUAUUCACAACAUUUUGCUGAACGAGGAAAUGGAAUUUUCAUUCAAUCUGAUGGUAAAAUUAUACAACCAGAAGAUAGGGGAGUUGAUAAAAUCGAGGUUGUAAACGAUAUUCCAGAUGAUGUCGAUCCUGAAAUUCUUGCUAUGUUGAACGGGGACAAAGAAACUAAUGAUAUGGAUGAUGAUUUUGUUCAAAAAGCAAUGGGAAAGGAUGUUCAAAAAAAAGAGAGAAAAGAACGAGAAGAAGAUAGAGAGUUUGAAAAAACUCUGAAAAUGUGGGAUAAUGAUGAAGAUGAACCUAUUAAAGAUGAAUUAAGUGAUAGUUUAGAGUUUGAAGAACAAAAAGAUAAUGAUAUUCCAUUAGAUGAAGAUAUGUUAAUUGAAAAUGAACCAGUUGAUGGUUUAUUUAAGAAUGGUAAUCCAGUUGAUAUGUUAGACUUAAAUCAAGAGUUUAUUGACUUUGAUGAAUCAGAUGUACAACUCGCUAUGAGUUCUGUGAACCUAGAACAAAACCCAAAGAAACACCACCACCAACCUAAACAAAGAAAAGAGAAGAAAGUAACUAAAGAAGAUCUUGAAAUAGACCCAGCUCUUUUGUUAAAACACGCACAACGUGUAAUGGUCGAUGAACCAGAAGAGACAGAAACUAUUGUUGUUCAAACGGUUGUACAAGAGGAUAUUCUUCAACAUCAAGAAAAAACAAAACCAAAAACAAAACCAAAGAAUAAACCAAAAAUGGUAAAAGCACCAAUAAAGAAAAAAAAGUAA